GGAGCAGCUGCAGCAGCAGGAGCGGAGCCGGAGCCGCGCAGCCGCCGCCGCCGGGGGAUGUGGCCGGCGCCUGCCCCGAACCGCGCCGCCUCCUGAGUUCUUGCCGCCGUCGCCGUCGCUGCCGUCGCCGCCGAGUCGUGCGGGGCCAGGCCGCGCCCUCCCCGGGCGCCCGCCGGCUCGCAUGCCGAGGGGCUCCGGGGCGUAGCUGCGCGCCCGGCGCCGCCUCCGGGCUCCUCCGGCCCCGCCAUGGGCUGCUGCAGCUCCGCCUCCGCCGCGCAGAGCUCCAAACGAGAAUGGAAGCCGUUGGAGGACCGUAGCUGCACAGACAUACCAUGGCUGCUGCUCUUCGUUCUGUUCUGCAUUGGGAUGGGAUUUAUUUGUGGCUUUUCAGUAGCAACAGGUGCAGCAGCAAGACUAGUGUCAGGAUACGACAGCUAUGGAAAUAUCUGUGGGCAGAGAAAUGCAAAACUGGAAGCAAUAGCGAACAGUGGCCUGGACCACACCCACCGGAAGUAUGUGUUCUUUUUGGACCCAUGCAAUCUGGACUUGAUAAACAGGAAGAUCAAGUCUAUGGCACUGUGUGUAGCGGCAUGUCCACGACAGGAGUUGAAAACCCUGAGUGACGUCCAGAAGUUUGCCGAGAUCAAUGGUUCAGCACUGUGUAGCUACAACAUAAAGCCUUCCGAGUACACUCUGACUGCAAAAUCCUCUGCCUUUUGCCCCAAACUACCAGUACCAGCCAGUGCACCUAUUCCAUUCUUCCAUCGCUGUGCUCCUGUGAACAUUUCCUGCUAUGCCAAGUUUGCAGAGGCCCUGAUCACCUUUGUCAGUGACAAUAGUGUCUUACACAGGCUGAUUAGUGGAGUAAUGACCAGCAAAGAAAUUAUAUUGGGACUUUGCUUGUUAUCACUAGUUCUGUCCAUGAUUUUGAUGGUGAUUAUCCGGUAUAUCUCAAGAGUGCUAGUGUGGAUCCUAACGAUUCUGGUCAUCCUGGGUUCACUAGGUGGCACCGGUGUACUAUGGUGGCUAUAUGCAAAGCAGAGAAGGUCCCCCAAAGAAACAGUUAUUCCUGAACAGCUUCAGAUCGCGGAAGACAAUCUGCGGGCGCUCCUCAUCUAUGCCAUUUCUGCUACGGUGUUCACUGUCAUUCUCUUCCUGAUCAUGCUGGUUAUGCGUAAACGCGUCGCUCUCACCAUCGCCUUGUUCCACGUGGCUGGCAAGGUCUUCAUACACCUGCCUCUGCUAGUCUUCCAGCCCUUCUGGACUUUUUUUGCUCUCGUCUUAUUUUGGGCAUACUGGAUAAUGACACUUCUCUUCCUUGGCACUACUGGCAGUGCUGUUCAGAAUGAACAAGGUUUCGUGGAGUACAAAAUCUCUGGGCCUUUGCAGUACAUGUGGUGGUACCACGUGGUCGGCCUGAUUUGGAUCAGUGAGUUCAUUCUCGCCUGUCAGCAGAUGACUGUGGCAGGAGCUGUGGUAACAUACUACUUUACAAGGGAUAAACGGAAUUUGCCUUUCACACCUAUUCUGGCAUCAGUGAACCGCCUUAUUCGUUACCACCUCGGUACUGUGGCCAAAGGAUCCUUCAUUAUCACCCUCGUCAAGAUCCCCAGGAUGAUCCUUAUGUAUAUCCACAGUCAGCUCAAAGGGAAGGAAAACGCUUGUGCACGAUGCAUGCUGAAAUCCUGCAUUUGCUGCCUUUGGUGUCUUGAAAAGUGCCUGAGCUACUUAAACCAGAAUGCAUACACAGCCACAGCCAUCAAUAGCACCAACUUCUGCACCUCAGCAAAGGAUGCCUUCGUCAUUCUAGUGGAGAAUGCUCUGCGAGUGGCUGCCAUCAACACAGUGGGGGACUUCAUGUUAUUCCUAGGCAAGGUGCUGAUAGUCUGCAGCACGGGCCUGGCUGGGAUUAUGCUGCUCAACUACCAGCAAGAUUACACAGUGUGGGUGCUGCCUCUCAUCAUCGUCUGCCUCUUUGCUUUCCUAGUCGCUCAUUGCUUCCUGUCCAUUUACGAAAUGGUAGUGGAUGUGUUGUUUUUGUGUUUUGCCAUUGAUACAAAAUACAAUGAUGGGAGCCCAGGCCGAGAAUUCUAUAUGGACAAAGUCCUAAUGGAGUUUGUGGAAAACAGUAGGAAAGCAAUGAAAGAAGCUGGUAAGGGAGGCGCCGCGGAUGCCCGAGAGCUAAAGCCGAUGGUAGGUGGCGAUGAGGAGGUGGCUGCCCUCCACGACUUUCCCUUUCACUUCUUCUCUGUCUGUGUCUUCACUGACUGCACGUCCUCUGGAGAAGCGUUUGUUGUCUGUAUCACGCAGGACAUGCUGCUCUUUCUGUUUGCCUGCUUACCCAUCACUUGGAUGGCAGAGGUCCUGUCACAACUGAGACUACCACCUGUGAAAGCGAGCUGAAAGGAACAGCGGCCCUGCCAGCCAGCGCUCAGGGGCCAGGGCGACCGCUUGCCUCCAAGUGAAAGCUGUUUUUCUUGCUGUCAGUAUUUAGUUUUCAUCCCACGGGACACGUCGGGGUGUCUUUGAACCGGCAGGUCGUUUCAAUCAUUCUAGAAGGUGAUCGUGAAAGUUCCUUUCAGCUUGCUAAAGUUCAUAAUUCCUCCUUUUUUAAAAACAAUAUUGUUCUGUUUACAUUGCUGUCCUUCCCUCUGCGGACUCUCUCUUCUCUUGCCCAGACUGCACUUUCUUUGCUGUUGUUAUUUCUGUUUGUUUAUUUGGUUUGGUUUUGAGUUAUCGUUGCCUCCAAGAAGGCGAUUUCCAUCAAUACCCACAUGCCAUCUUGGGAAGACAGUCUGCUCACACCUCCAUUGUAAAAGGAAUCAAGUUCUCCAACCUGUCACAGGUAAUAGAUAGAGUUAAUAGGUAGAUGACUGAUACUUAGGUAGACAGACAUACAGAUCGACAGACAGACAGAAAUUAAUAUAUGGGUAGAUGGAUACAUAGAUGAUAGAUGAUGUUGAUCAAUAAUAGGUAGCCAGACAGAUGAUAGAUUUUUUUUUUUAAUUUGGGGGAGAAAAAUGACUUCAUCAGUUUAGCAUCCCCUGACUUGUUUCUCUUGGAGAUAUUCCCACAUCUCAAAGCUACCCUGGUCUGAUUGGAAUGAUGCUGCCAAGUCAAUCGUGACAUGAAGAAAUGUCACAUGUGCUGCCUGGUUGUCCUCACUGUUUAAAGAAUCCAAGCCUGAAACUUUAAAGGGACAUAUAUAAAAACCUGUGAAGGGACAGGCUUGCCUCGCCCUCCUUUGUGGUGGUCGAAAUUUCCACUGACUCAGUCUUCAGUAAUAAGCAUUUUUAAGAAAGGUAGAAAUAUUUAAAGUUGAAGACCAGCCAAUUUGGCCAUGGACACGGCAUGUAUUUCCAUUGUGAUUCUUAGCAAGGAACAGAUGAAUUCUGAUAGCCCGGAAUACCAGUAUCCUUUCCCUACCAGAAACGCUGAUUUAUAGUCACUGAUCCUAAGAGGAUUGCCCAAGUCGCAUAGCAUUCCGUCAGAGGCCACAGCCUUUUCCUAACUGCUUUCCACCGUGGCCCAUACCACGUGAAAAGUAUUAACGUCCCCUUUCAUCAGUCUGUAGCUUCCCUACAAGCUCUGUCCCGAGCGCAUCUUUUGUGUGCAUUGUCCUUCUGAUGGGCACUACAGCAUUUGACGCCCAAGGAUGCCAUUGUGAAGAAGUCUCCCCAACUCUGAAACAGUGGAGAACAUGACUUAGAUUACAGCCCAGUUUCUGACGCAUGCCAUUAAACAUUUCUUCUCAUGCCCAGUAAACAUGUGGAGUUGACGCCUACUGUGCACCACCCCUUGUGGACGUAACGAACUAUCUGAGCGCUUCGGCACUGAAGCAAGGGUGUUAUAGGAAAUGAGCCGCCUGUCCUCAUUUGCUGGGCUUCUCCUCAAAUAGAAGCUGUCCUCACAAGCAUCACGUCUGUCUCACUAUACAUACAGCAGCACCACUGCCGUCUGUCUGUCUCUCACCCUGUGGGCUGUGUCUGCAUUUAGAUUUUGUUUCUUAUUAUUAUAGCCUGUAAAAACAUUUUUUUUUUUUAGGAAGAUGUGGCUUUUAGAUUGUCUUCUUGAUUGGGUAUUGUUAAACUAAAUGAGAAACUGCCACUUUCCUUCUUGAACUAUUCAAAAGAGCCUCACUAGUUUAAAACCCUUUCAAGAUUCAUGAGGUCUCUGUACAGUUCUCAGGAACCGUUUGCUGAAUGGGGUGACUUGCUUUUGGAGAAAGGGCUGUCUGCUUGCUGGACAAGGUUUCUCUAGGGUGUGGGCUGUAGUAGGACGUUGUGUGUGUCUCACUGGUGGCCCUGAAAGAUGGCCUGCAGAAUUCCAGCAUCUUGGGCUCCAGAGAGGAGCCUCCACCUGUGUUGCCUUGUUGCUGUUGUGACCAUGUGUGUAUACUAAUAGCAUCAUCACUCAUAUCUCCUUUCAGCGGUAAUUUUCUAAGAUUAUCCUCUGUAUGGCUUUGUUUUCUAGGCUUCGGGAGCAAGUUCUGCUUGAACAUAGCCGGCGGUUAUGGACCCCAUUGACAUUCCAAAACAAUAUAUACACAUAACUAUGUA